ACUGGCACCACCACCACUAGGAUUUCGCCUGCUCGCUUUGCCGCCGCCGGUCGGAUAGACCUCCAAAUGUUUCGAAAAAUACUCUUAGACCAGCCAAGGGAAGGCCUCACUUAUCUCUCUCCAUCGUCAAUCUAGCGUUUAUUCCAACCACAGCAGUCACUAGGAGGCCAAAAUGGAGUCACCGGCACCAAGAAGAAGCGCAGGGACUCCUACCUGCACCGUUCCUGGGCUCCUAGUCGGCCUCACCAAGCUCUGCAAGCUCACCAAGGUCUGCGCAGCGCCAACGCUGGGCGAUGAGGCAAAAUCACGAGUUGGAACCUGCGGUGGGCGGUAUGAUCAGAGGCUACUUCUCAUAAGACUGUUUGAAGCAAUGGGAUCUCUCAAGUCAGCCUACGUCAAGCUCCAGAAAGCUCACUUCCCCUAUGAUCCUGCCAAGAUCGCCUUCGCUGACGAGAUCAUCACGUCUGAGCUCGAUUCAGUAACAGCGCUGCAGUGCCUGUGCAGCUCCAGUUCUGGGAUCGGGUCGUUGGUCAACGAGCGGUGGUCCUUUGUUCAGGAACUGGAAGCCGAGGCGAGGAAGAGGGAUUCAGACAUUGUCCUGCUCAAGAGGGAACUGGAGGCGCUGCAGAGGGAGAACUCGAAACUGAACAAGCAGAUCAAGAGCACCAAAAAGCCGUCAUCAGUUAAGCAUCCUGACAAGGGUUUCGGUGUGCCCAAAGAGUUGGCCACGGCGACGCCGAGUGCAUUGCUGGAGAUGUUCAAGGUGGCAUCAGCAUCGGUGCACGACUUUGCAGAGAUGAUUGCAUCUAGCAUGCCGGUAUCUUCAGAUAACUGUGUCAGCGAUGCAGAUGCAGGGGAGCAGUCAUGGAGGAGGUACUCACUUGAGGCGCACCUGUGGCGAACGAUGCUCGGUGCUACUACAGGUACUGAGGAAGAAGAAGAAGAGGAGGAAGCAGAACUCAAAAUCAGUGCCGCUCGCUUCGAUCGGAUCAUGAGGUUCUGCGACCCGAUGGACGCAUUGAUGCAGUACCCGAGCUCCAGUUUCUCGAGAUUCUGCCGGUCAAGAUACUUGGCCGCCGUGCCGCCGGAAACGGAGGCGGCCAUGUUCGGGAACCUGGACCAGAGGGCGUUCGUGUCGCGCGGCGGGCACCCGAGGACGUGGUUCUACCGGGCGUUCGCGACGACGGCGAGGUCGGCGUGGGCGCUGCGUGUGGUCAUGGCGCGAUGCGUCGAGCAUGGAAUACAUGGGGUCAGGAUGUUCUACGCGAGGAGAGGGAGCGAGUACGCCGAGGAGUGGAUGCAGAGCGUGGCGGCACCUGCAUCUGGCGUCAGAGAAGGUGACAUGGAAGAGAAGCUUGCCGUUGCCUUCACUGUGACGCCCGGAGUCAAGGUCGGUGACACGGUGGUGAAGUGCAGGGUGCUUCUCUGUCGUCAUCAGGAGCGCUUCAUCCAAGUCCAAUAACUGACUUUGUAUCUUUUUCAUCUGUCUGAGUUUUGGUUGAUGGACUAAUAGGCAACUGCAAUUAGAUAAUUCCAUGUCAUCACAAUAAAAAAAGAUAAGAAUUUGGAAAAGUUGGCACUUGAAAAACAAAUGAAA